GGCAGUAAUGACAACAUUGUGUAAAUGAGAGGCGUUAAAAGGCCCCUCGACAAAAGGUACACCGGAAGUACCUCUUUGGUCCUUGAGUUCAUCCGCACCGAUAGAGAAGGAGCAAGAUGGCUCACAGGUUGCUAGUGCGCAGGAUUUGGACCCUCUCAGCAAAAGACAUCCGCCGCCUCCCAGCGUCCUCCUCUGCUGUCGUCUCCGCUUCCUUUUCCUCCUCCCUGCAGCCAUCCUCAGCCCGGGUCUCCUUCCUCUCCCCCACACAUGCUCUGCCUCGCAGUCUUCCUCACACAUCCCGUCGUCAGGUCUCCUUCAAUGUGCAGGAUAAUGAAGAUUUUACAGAGAGGGUCAUCAACAGUGAGCUGCCAGUGCUGAUUGACUUCCAUGCUCAGUGGUGCGGUCCUUGUAAAAUCCUUGGACCGAGGUUGGAGAAGGCUAUCGCAAAACAAAAAGGCCGUGUCGCCAUGGCAAAAGUCGACAUUGACGAUCACACAGACCUGGCUAUUGAAUAUGGGGUAUCUGCAGUUCCAACGGUCAUUGCCAUGAAAGGAGGCGAUGUCGUCGACCAGUUUGUGGGGAUCAAAGAUGAUGAGGAACUGGACUCGUUUGUCAGCAAGAUCAUUGGGAAGUAAAGCAGCUUUCCCAGGCCUGUCACUUUG